GUCCAAUGUCUAUCGAACCUGAAGUCCCCUACGAUACCAGUCUACCCGAUGAAGAUCCGGGGACCUGGAGGGAUCCUGUUAUUCUUCCUGAUCUCAAUGCCAUGCGCAUUUCAGGUUAUAAUGAUGGAAUUUCAAAAUCUGGAUUUCGCGAAUCUUCCCAACCUGAUCGAAUCCCUGAUGACUAUUGGAUCCUACCACCCAAUGUAACUGUAGCUGACAUACUUGGCCAUCAAAGAUCAAGAGUCGAUGCUAUUCGUGCUAGGACAAACACGUACAUUAGUUUUAAUGACGAAAAGCACCAAAUGGACAUUUGGGGCGAGCCUUCUGAAAUUAUCAAGACCAAGGAAUUUUUCAACGAACUUAUCCAGACACUGCCUAGACACGAAGAUAAAAAGAAACAGCCUUCAUGGGGAAAGGCCGAAAAGGAAUUGACUGGCAAAGCUAAACUAAAGAAAGAAAGACGCGAAGCAAAGAAAGCCCUGGAAAAGAGUUUCCAAGGGCUACCGAUAGUCCCCCAACCAUACAUAAGCUCAUUUGCUAUCCCAGAUUUUUCACUUCCAAUUCCAAAAUUAGUUGGUGAAAAGGAAUCGUUUCUUAAUACCAUUAGAGCAGAAUGCAAAUGUUAUAUGUGGUAUGAAGAACGGUUGAAUAUAAUUCGUAUUUCUGGCCAAAAUGAAGAGGCUGUUAAAAAGGCAUCAGCGCGAAUCCGAAAUUGGUACUUAAAGUGUUCAAGAAGACCCAGACCCUGUUCUCUCAGGCUAGUCAGUCAACCAUCCAAAAAUCUUAUGGUCAGCUUCAGGGCACUUCCUCAAGGUUUUAUGACAUAUUGCUACGCUGAUCCAGAUACGGAAAAGACGAUGCUGGAAAAACAGAGACUUGUAGAGCCAAUACAGACGGGGCACCUGAGAAUGUUAGAAAACCUAAUUGAACUUGAUGAUCAUCAGCCUAAAACGAAACCUGAAAAUACUCUUUCCGAAAGUGUCGCAACACUUGAUAAACACAACAGAGAAGCGAUCCAAAGAGCAUUAGACGAAGGAUUAGAGAGCCUGAGGCUGUUUGACUGGGAGAUACGACUGAAAGUUCGGUUUGGACAGAUCUGCUUAGUUGAUUACCCUAGCAAGAAGAGACUUUUUUCGAUUGAAGAACUCUCGGGAAAAAUCUUCCCAGACCCCAAGUUCUAUUCUGUACUUGCUCCUUGCAUUGGAAAGACACGCGAAAAUAUGGAUAGACUCUUUGAGUACCUUUCAACCAAUUGUGAAGAAUAUUCGGAUUCUCCUCGAACAUCAUUUGCUAUCGAAGCGCUUCAGUACCCUACAUGUGCUUCUCCACCAACCAGUCGACGUACAGACGGUCCCCCUAAGGCACGCGGUGAUCCAUGGAGAACAACCGUUACUGCAAGCUUUACUAGUGAUGGACGUGUAGGUCUGUGGAACUGUCUGGCGGAGUGUGAAGAUCUUGUUACUAUUAGCUGUGUGAACCUUGAGAGCGAAUAUUCCUGGGAGACCAAAUUAGAAUACGCGAGAAGACUGCCUACCGAAGUUAAUACCCCUCACAGUAUGUUUGUCAGCAAACUUCGCUUAAGUGCUCAAAACCGCCUGGUUCUGGUGAGCGUUCCAGAAUAUGCCCCCAAAAUUGUAACCCAAAAGACAAAAUGGGUUUAUGGGUGGGGUAAAUACGUUGUUGAAGUUGGAAGAGACGAAAUAUGGGAUAUCUCCCGGGUAAACCGCAGUGAUCUUGCACUACCAUUAGAUCUUGGAAUGACAGAGCCGCAUCGUGUCUUCUAUAAAGUAUCACUUUAUAAGGAAGAAUGGCGCAACAGGUUCUCAGAGAACCUUAACCUGAAGAUUGGAGAGGCACCCAGAUGGACAACUAGUGACUUCCUUGCCAGUGAGACGGAGGAUGCACAUUUGCUAAUGGAGAUCGCCAAACAGUUCGCAAACAUUCUUACAAAAGAAGUUCCUGUUUAUUGGGCUGGUAACAACAAUCAAGCAUCUCUUUUCUAGAAUAAUAUAUAUAUAUAUAUAAUGAUAAGGUUGUUUGCUACAUGUAAAUAAAAUAUGAAUACACAAAUGCUUGUAUGAAAUUGAAGCGUGU